CGACUGGUUGGCUGGCUGGUUCUUUUUACAUGUACAUCCAUCCAUCUCUUCUUGACCGGUUUUUUCGUGUCGGACGAUUUACAUCACAUCCCCUAACGCAAUCUCUCAUAAAGAAACAGAAGAGACAGAAGAAGAAGAAGAAGAAGAAGAAGCUCCUAGCAUACUAGUGAACCCCUCGCCUACUCUCGUCUGCCUACUUCCACGACAUCAUGGACGCCGCACCUCCCUCCUAUCCUCCCCUUGAGGAGCGUCCCAUCAAGAACACCAUUGUUCUAUUCGACGUAGAUGGCACACUAUCGCCAGCCCGCCGCACCGCAACUCCCGAAAUGCUAGCCACGCUCGCCGCCCUACGCCAAAAGGUCGCCAUAGGAUAUGUCGGUGGUUCCGACCUGUCCAAGCAGCAAGAGCAGCUCGGCACCGCAGACCGCCCCGUGACCGCCAUGUUCGACUUCAGCUUCAGCGAGAACGGCCUGACCGCCUUCAAGCUGGGACAGGCCCUGCCCAGCACCAGUUUCAUCCAGUGGAUCGGCGAGGCGCAGUACAAGGAGCUCGUCAACUUCAUCCUGCACUACGUCGCCGACCUCGACAUCCCCGUCAAGCGAGGCACCUUCGUCGAGUUCCGCAACGGCAUGAUCAACGUCUCCCCUAUCGGCCGCAACGCCAAUCUCCAGGAACGUCUCGACUUUGAGAAGUACGACCUCGAGCACGGCAUCCGGCCCGCCUUUAUCGAGAAACUGAGGGAGAGAUUCGCUCACUUGGACUUGACGUACUCCAUCGGCGGCCAGCUCUCCUUCGACGUAUUUCCCACAGGGUGGGACAAGACCUACUGCAUAAAACACCUCGAGGACGAGUCCAAGAAGCCCAACGGUAUCGAGUACAACACGAUCCACUUCUUCGGCGACAAGACCUUCAAGGGCGGCAACGACUGGGAGAUUUACACCGACCCGCGCGUCACCGGCCACUCGGUUAAGGACCCCGACGACACCCGACGUAUACUGAAGGAGCUCUUCGAUGUCUAAAUAUUUAUUGUAGAGCGGGAGAUGGAAGAUAACUAGUUGAUUCGAGAUGAUACCUACACACGCCUAGAAUAGAUCCGGGGGUAAAAAGAACAUCCACAAGUAAAAGCACGCACUACUGGGGCAGUAGACGAACACGAAGACCCGGCACCGGAGUAAAAGUUCGAGGAAGUGAAGUAUUUGACAGAACGGAAAAGAAGGGGAAUAAAAAAACCAAAUAAGAGAAGUCUGAGGAUUAGCGCAUGAUUUAUUCACAAAGAGAUGAGACUAAGACUUUGGCUGCUGCCAUUCUUCUCUGAUAUACCUGCCUCCCACCUAACUACCUACCUACCUCUUAUAGAAUAUACUAGAGAGAUAGAACCAACAACGAAUAAAAAGACCGCUAGAAAGAAUCGGUUUAGAGGUUUCUAAGUCUUAAAA